ACUGCACGCGUCUUCUCCAUUUCCCAUCACAUUUCACACGCCCGCACCGCCAUUCCCCUCUACAAAUACCUCCUCCACCUUCCCCUUUUCCUCCCUUCUCACACUCCAAUCCAUCCUCCCUCUCCACCCUCCAGGCUCCAGCUAUGUCCGCCUCGCCCGAGUUCUACAGGCCCUCGCCGCCGGCCUUCUCGCCCUCCUGCGCCGCCGGUACCAGUACCACGGAGGUCGACGAGUACAGCUGCUGCCGGACGCCAACGCCGGGAAUCAGGGAGCCAGCCACCUGCCCGCCGGCGCCCCGGAAGCCCAGGCCGGUGGCCUGCAGGAAGCUCCUCUUCGACCCAGCUCAGCAGCAGGGGAAGGGGAAGGCCAUCAGCCUGCGUCUCGACGAGCUGGAGCGCCUCUUCCGCCCCAUCACCAAUAAUGCCAACCUUCACCUCCAAACCAACAAGCCCACCCAUACCUGACCUCACUGCACUUCAACUUCAUUCAUCCGAGUGCAUACUAGUACUAUUAUAUACUAAAUGCUUCUUCUUCUUCUUCUUUGGAUAAUCAAUCUCUUUUCGCUUUAAUUUCCUCUUACUACUAGGAUUAGUAGUAGUAGGAUUUUAGUCUAGGAGUAAUCGUUACCGCCACGAGCUGCAGUGUUGUAUUUGUAUGUAUGUAUGUAUCAGCAAUCAAGCCAAGCUUCACGUAAGAUCGAGCAGUGAUUUCAGUCAGUAUGUAUGCUCAAAAUGAUUUAGUUGUACAAUGAAUCAAAAGCUUAAUUUGCUUACACUUAUGUAGUAUACUCCUGUCUAAUGAUAAAAUUAUUACUAUUAA